CUCUCAGCUACCUCCCCUCCUAGUCCUAGUCUGGAGAGAGCCAAGGAGAGCAAUGGGUUCCCGCUGCACCAAGCUCAGCACGGGCCAUGGCACUGGCCACAGCACGAGCCACAGCAGGGGCCAUGGAAGGGGCCAUGAAUCCACCAUGAAGAAGCUCCUGGCCUGUGUGAGUCAGGAUAACUUCUCCUUGUCAUCAGAGGAAGAAGAGGAGGAGGAGGAGGAAGAAGAGGAGGAAGAGGAGGAAGAGGAAGAGGAUGAAGAGGAGGAGGAGCAGCUUCCAGUGAAGGGCAAACUAUUGUUGAUGGAGCCUGGACAGGAGAAUGCCGAGGACAAGCCUGAAGACCAGCAGGGCCCUGAGUCCGAGCAGACGCACUCCUGACCCACAACAACAUCCUAGUGAGGAGUGCUGCCACCAUCCCAACGAGAACUUUCAGAAAAG